AUUUCAAAUUUAUGUGAAUAUCGUGGAAAUUGUGAGGCAAAUCAUCAAAAAGUUGUGACAAAACGAAAAAAGUUCUGCAAAAAAAAAAAAAAUACUUGUCAACCAAACUAAAGCAGCAACAAAAAACACAUCUACGCAAAAUAUUGUUCCCCAACCAAUCUCGAUUUACCCGUUGUGCCAACAUUUCCAUUUUCUCCCAGCCAAGCGCAAAAAUUGUCCAAUUUUGCUAUCCCAGGAAAUCUUAGUCAUCUCUCGAGAGAUUUUCCGUCGUGUUUGCUUUUCACGUUGUUUUAUAAAUUCUUUCAGUCGCUCAGUUCGGACUCGUUUCGUUUCAUGUGACACAAGCAAAUAUUCCACCAACUGUUGGUUGUCAAUAUUCAGGAAUUUUUGUUUUGUGUCCGCGUCAUCUUCGGUUACGGUUUAUGAGUGCGUGUUCGGAAUUGUCAUGUUUUUCUUUGCUUUCAUUUUUUCCCGUUUUUUUUUUAUUUUUUAAUUUCCAAUCAAUUUUUUUUUUGAUGUUGUUUUAACUCCGAAAAUUUAGUUGAAAACGGUUUUAUUUUUAAACUGCAGAAAUUUAAAUUGUAAACAACGAAGAGUUCAUUGGCGUUCCAACCACAAAGGGGCCCAUGAUUAUAGCUCAUGCAUGGAACGACGCACAAAUAGUAACGACACUACAAUCUAUGGUGUUGCAGCCCAACAAACCGAUAUAACUCCAUCGAACACAGACUCGAACACACCGUUGUACACACCGCCAUUGGCCUCAACCUCAGCCCUAGCAUCCACACUGGCACCCACGCCCCUAUCCCUCUGUGCCGUUGAAGAUAUGGCGGCAGCGCCGUCGUCGUCAUCUUCGUCGUAUCCCCUGAUGAGGGCCAACCCCGUCAAUGCCUCAUUUCCCCAUGCCAGCGGUGGGGGUAGCAUCAGCCUUAGCAGUGGCAGCAAUAGCAGUCUCAGCUGCUGUGCCAGCAACAGCAGCAGUAAACAAAAUCUAAACAACAGUUCAUUAACACUGCCAGCAUCGCCGGUGCCUUCAGCUGAUUAUGCCAGCAACAACAACAACACGAACACCACCACAACAUCUAUGGCAUGUUUUUCUCCAGCCAGCGGUCCAACGAAUUCAACAACAUCUUCGUAUCACACAGCAGCACAUGCAUUGCCGGCAUUAAUGACGUAUAACAAUAACAACAACAACAUGUGCGGCAGUACCUGUUCCAAUCCAAAUAAACAAUGUAUUUUUAAUUUAACCAAUUCACCACCCAUCUCACCGGCCAUAACACCCGAACCACAUCUCAUGAAAUCUUUAUCGUUUUCAACGCCAAUAUCUUCCACUGCUGCACGUCCGAAAAUUUGCCGUAAUUCUAGCCGUUAUAGUUUGGGUAAUUACGCCGUUACACCUGCAGCGGCAGCCGCUGCAUCUGUUACAUCCAACUCGAAUGGUUCACAUGUACACACGCGGCGCAGCAGCCUCUGGCCCGAAGCCUUAAUGUUGAAUACUCGAAAUUUAGCAACGAAGGAAAAUGAAAAACGCUCAUCAAAUUUAGGGCUCCGCAAACCAGCAUCCACUCUCUCAAUUCCUGGCUCGAUGAAAACACCUUCCAUUGCGAAUCGGGAACAGAUCUCAUCAGGAUGCAACGAAGAAGCAGCAGAGGCGUUAGUUGGCAUAAAUACCGACUACCCAAGGUAUGAAAUGUAUAUGGAGGAACGUGCUUUAACUGGCGGUAAUACAUCCCGGAAGCCCUCAACAAACUCCGCUAAACACAAACCCAAUGUCGGUUAUCGACUUGGGAAACGUAAAGCUUUAUUCGAAAAGCGAAAACGUAUCAGUGAUUACGCUCUAGUCAUGGGCAUGUUUGGAAUUGUUGUGAUGGUUAUCGAGAAUGAAUUAAGCAGCGCUGGUGUUUACACAAAGGCAUCCUUUUAUUCAACGGCGCUUAAAACAUUAAUAUCGGUUUCGACUGUGAUUCUUUUAGGUCUUAUUAUAGCUUAUCAUGCUUUGGAAGUGCAGGUGAGAGUGAGUGCUAAUUACAUUUCUUUCUUUCAGAUGUUUUUGUUUUAUGCCUAAUCCGUACCUAGUUCUGAACCAAAAAACCAAAAAUAAACCCCAACAACAAUAAUAAAUUAAAUAAAUAUAUAUCUAUAUAUAUGCAUAUAUACAUAAAUAUCUAGAAGAAUGCUAGUCUAAUAUACUAACAAAAGAAAAGAAAAUAACAUUAACAAGAACAAAAACAAUAACUGGCAUGGCAUACAUGUACAGACUACCAAAAGCCAUGUAUGCCGAUUUCCAAAUAAUUCCAAAUAAUAUGCACAUAUAUACGCUGCGGCAUCUAUAUACAUAUAUAUUUAUGUAUCUAUCUAGAGAGUGUUAAUGACCGUCGUAAUCGUCGUCGUCGUCGUAAUUUUGGUUGUUCUAUUAAAACCUAGGAUUAUGUGGUGAUAUGUUAAUUUAUGUUUAUAAUUUUGCGAUAAACUGAACAUAACUCCAACCCCGCCCUCCCCCUUUCGCUGCAUUAGUCAUCAUCAACCAAAUAAAUAAAUGAAACCUAACAACCAAUAUCAGUCAUCCAGCUUAGAUUGUAGUCUUUUUAAAAUAUAUAGAAUUAAAUACAUUUUAAAAUACACUUGAGACAAUAUUUGCCACAAAGAAAAAUAUAUUA